CUCACGACGAUGGAUACCCAAAACCCCUUCCUCCUAUCGCACCGUUGCAUUCUACAUCGCCCAUAAUGUAGACUGUUGACUACUACUUACUGGCGCGGGGCGAUAUGAACGCCGGCGCAAUGCACUAUCAGCGCUGCGCAUCUAUAUACUCUGCAUCUGUGCCCAUUGGCUCCACCUACACAUAAGUAUAUCUCUGAUACACAGCAUAUCCAGCCUCGGACUCAUAUUAUCUUUGGCUUCAACACCCAGCAAGGCAGUUCCACCACCUUUGCGCCAUCAGCACAUCUCUCCCAUAUGUCAGCACAAGUCGCACAGCCCAACCGGGGCAUUCAUCUCGAUGUUGACCAUCUGAAGAGAGCGUACUCGCCUCGAUCUCCCCUUGCAGAGGGUGAGCAGGGUGCCACGCUCGGUAUAGUUGGUAUCGACCCGUCCAAGCCGAAGGCGAUUAUAGAUUCCAAUAUCCAUGUGGAAGACAAGCUUCGCGCUCGUCAACGAUAUCGCGAAGAGCGUGCCAAGCGCCUCGGUGGUUUCGCACAGUAUCUGGAUCCAGCCAGCUCACAACAUCUUUCAAGGUUCGCAGAAGACCCCUGGAUAGAUCCAGUCAGACCGAACUUCGGUGCGGCAUUCCCAGAGCGCUGCAGAUUUCUCAUCGUGGGAACAGGUAUAUCUGGUCUUCUCUAUGCCAGGAAUCUCAUCAAGGGUGGCUUCAAGGUGGGAGAUAUUCACAUGAUUGAUACUGCCGGUGGAUUCGGCGGGAGCUGGUACUGGAAUCGCUAUCCUGGCAUCAUGUGCGAUCUCGAAGCAUCUAUAUAUCUACCAGUUCUAGAAGACCUGAACUAUACGCCGAAAGAUCGUUAUGCAAGUGGUGAAGAGAUCCGGGGAUAUCUCAACUCUCUUGCUGAGCAUUACUCGCUUCCAUCGGUCGCCAGCUUCCAGACUCAGGCUCGAUUCAUGCAAUGGGAUGAGGAGAACAAAGAGUACAAUGUCACCGUGACGCAAAAGCAAUCGGGCCAAACAGGGGAUCGUGAAGUUCACUUUAAAGCAGACUUUGUGAUCAUGGCGGCUGGUGUCCUAGAUCGACCAAAGCUACCCGCUGUUCCUGGCAUUGAUAGCUUUGGGGGAGACUCGUUCCACACGGCACGCUGGGACUAUAGUAUCACUGGCGGCGCUCCAGGUAAGGGUAACUAUGACCUGUUCAAACUGCAAGAUAAGAAAGUCGCAAUUGUCGGCACGGGUGCGACAGCUGUCCAGGCAGUACCGCAUCUCGCCAAAUAUGCCAAACACUUAUACGUCAUUCAGCGUACUCCUGCCGCUGUUGAUGCUCGUGAUAAUAAGGCCAUCGAUCCACGGACCUACGCCAAAGAUGUAGCUACUCACCCAGGCUGGCAACGCGAGCGUCAGGCCAACUUCAAUGCCUUCACGAACAAAGAAGAUCCGCUGCCUUCGGUCAACAUGGUCAACGACGAAUGGACACGCUUUAACACUUAUUGUGCCGUUCUUGGUACCGGACAUCCGGGCAAGGGCUUUGAUGGCAGCCGUGAAAAGCUCGGUGAUUACAUCGAGCUACUCCACGAGAUCGACAUUGCACGCCAGGAAAAGAUCAGGCGCCGUCUCGAUACUAUUGUCAGGGACUCAAAAACCGCAGAUCUUCUCAAGCCAUGGUAUGCAGGCUGGUGCAAGCGCCCCUGCUUCCACGAUGAAUACUUGGACUCGUUCAAUCAGUCUAAUGUUACUCUUGUAUAUACGAAUGGUAAGAGUAUUGAGGGCGCAUCUGCAUCCGGCCUCCUUGUCAAUGGUAAGGAGAUUGACGUCGAUGUCAUCAUCUGGAGUACAGGCUUCAAUCCGACUGGCAUGAUAGAUCCAGCCACACGUGCAGGCGGCAUGCAACUCAUUGGUCGCAACGGUGUCAGCAUGCGCGACACAUUCGAUUCUGGCGUGGCCACGCUGCACGGUGUCAUCUCCCGUCAUAUCCCAAACGUGUUCUUCGCUGGGCCUCUGCAGGCGGCCAACGCCGUGAACUAUACAUACACUACAGACUGUCUAUCCGAGCACUGCGUGUACAUGAUUCAAUCCGCACUGCGCCGCUCAGGUGGCGCCAAGGUUGCGCUUGAGCCUUCGGAGCAAGGUGUGCUGGAAUGGGGUAAUAGAAUCGCGAAAGGCGCAAGUUUGCUUGGCGCCGUGGUGGGCUGCACACCUGGGUAUCUCAAUGGUGAGGGUGCGGCGGAUCGACCCAAGAGUGCAGGGGAGCGUGCAAAGGGUGCUAGGGGAGCGACAUACACUGGCGGUAGCGAGGCAUUCAUGAGAGAAAUAGGGGAAUGGAGAAGAGAGGGAAGUAUGAAGGGUAUGGAGGUGAGAGUACAAGAGAAUCGGUCGUGAAGAAAGGUAAGAUGGAAGAAACACCUAAGAGUACACCGAGACCUUGGUAAAACUUUAUUGGAAACACGGCGGAUAUGGUUUGCCCUUUCGAUGACGUUGAAACGAAGCUGCGAUUUUUGAUGGCAUGACCCUCCUUUA